CUCCCCCCCGACAAGCACCAUGGACAAUAGGGCAGACUUCAUCAGCCUAGCAGGGCUUAGACCCGACGGGCGCAGAGGCCGCGAGAUUCGCCGCGUACGAUCUCGCUUCGGCGUGUUCAAGGGUGCGGAUGGGUCGGCGUAUCUGGAGAUGGGCCAGACGAAGAUCAUCGCUAUCGUCAAGGGGCCUCGAGAAGUGACCCGAAGACAAGACCGCAAGUAUGACACGGGGAUCGUGAACUGCGAGUACAACGUGGCCCCCUUCAGCGGCAGCGAGCGGAAAAAGCGGCGUCCGACGGAGCGGAAAGGCAUGGAGAUAGCGCUAGCCGUCAAGGAAGUGUUCGAGGGGGCCAUCAUGCUGCACCUGUACCCCAGGACUCAGAUCGACAUCUAUCUGCACGUGAUCCAGUCGGACGGAGGCGUGCUGCCCGUCGGGAUCAACGCGGCGUCGCUGGCCCUUGUCGACGCGGGCGUGGCCAUGUCGGAUCUGGUAGUGGCUUGUUCCGCGGGAUACCUCGACGGCAUGCCAGUCAUGGACCUCAACUACGUGGAGCAAGCUCUCGGCGGCCCCUACCUCCCGGUUGCCGUCUUGCCGGAGAAGGACAAGCUCCUUCUCGCCAAGAUGGAGUCGCGUUUGCCCCUCGAGAUAUUCGAGGAGGUUCUUCGAGCCGCCACGGACGCCUGCCAGCAGGUACACGAGGUGCUGCGAGCCGCGGUCAAGGAGCACGCGGGCGCGCUGCUCAGCUCGCAGAUUUAG